CUUAGAGGACGUUCAUCACGUCGCGCUUUUGUUUCGAUUGUUGUCGUCGCAAAUGUUUUCAGUAUGAAAAAGGUUUUUCAAACAAAUGGAAAGAGAAGACCCAGGGAGUCAACUUCGACUACGUCUACAUCGUCAGUGAUGUCAGAUUACAGCUACGGCUAUGUCUAUGACAAGAAGCAAGCGGAGAGACAGAAAAAACGGGCCAUCAAUAUUGUCUCCAGUUCGCCAGUCAUUGGGCCAGAUGAGAAUGGAGUACCCUGUGUGCCAGCGCCAGAGUGCAAUGUGCCCGAAGAUCCAGAAAUACUGGAGUGGAAGAUGUUGAUGCAAGCUCAUGGAGACAUGAACCAAGACACCAACAGGAAGAUUUGUGAUGAAAUCGUUUGCGAAGCUGUAAAAUACAAUCCAGAUGGCGAUUCCCAAUGUCCAACAGCAGACUAUGCCAUGUCUCCGAUUAAGUGUUCCAGCUUUGAGGAUUUAGAUAUGCGUUUGGAAGAUUGGUCCUUGCUUGACGACAUCAUGCAACAGUUCCACGAGUCUGAAGAGUACAGGGAUAUUGCAGACUUCUUUUCCAAAGAGAAGCAAGUGACUGAAAGCCAACUCUCUCUACAGUCACAACAAUCACAACGGGACAAUGAGAUUAAUGCAUUUGAAUUCAGCAGAAAGAAUUCAGAGACUGAAUUCGGGUCAACUUUGUCGAGAGAUUCUCUGACAUCUUCCACACUGGCGAGUGUGAAGGAGGAGGAGAGGGAGGAGAAGAAGGACAGGGAGAAAGCUCUGGACCAGGACUUUGACUGCCCCCGGCGAAACUGGUCCCUGCUCGACGACAUCGUGUCGCACUUCAGCGAGACAGACACUCGCAGUGAUAUCUCAAAGAUUCUGCUUAAAGACGAGUCUGAUGAAAAAAUUUAUACAGAACAAACAAAGUUUGCCAAUAUGCAGGGACACUGGCCCAAGUACAUUAACCUCUUGAAACCAGACAAUGACAGGACAAAAAGGAGAACUGAGCAUACCCCUGGCAAUGGACCCUUCAAAGUACAACCACGUAGGUGUAUCCCUGGCGAUGGACCCUUCAAAGUAGAACCACAUAGGAAAUUGUACACACGGUGGAGGAAGAAUUUUGACUGGAACCGAACUUCCAACUGGAGGAUAACUGAUGACAGUGACAGAGAAACUUACCUGCACAUACCGGAGAUAACACAGCAGUUGGCAGCUGAGCAGUCGGUUGUUGAGGAGCGUGCUGCCACGUCAGAGGACAUGGUGGUCGAUGAUGUCAAGAAACUGAACUCUAAACAUGCUGAUGUUGAUUUCCUAGAAAAGAGUUUUGCCAAUAUUGACGUGAAAAACCUGACGUCCGGGAGAACUUCUCCAAUGAGCCACAGCGGGAUCUAUCAUCAGGUGGACUCCUACAUCUCCAGCCUCUUCCAGAAAGAAGAACGCAAAGAGAGUAGCCCCAAGAUUAAAAUAACAUACUGCAACUGAACUGGCUUCAGACACUGGCAUCGAUAUAGACAAAUCUCUGAAGAACAUUUUCGUAUCAACGCCAGUCAACAUUUCUUUUUAUUAUUUAUAAAAAAUACACUGUUUUUCCAGUGAUAUUUAUUGUGAUAAAAUACUUUGUUACAUGCAGAAAUAUUUUCUUUUUUACUGUUUAUCCAUUUAUCUAAUCGACCAUAUACAAAUUUAAUGGUGUAUCUGUAUGUGUGUUUAUGAAUCUGUGGAAGUAUUUUCCCAAGAAUCACAAUUUCCUGUGUACUGCCGUGACUGUAUGGUUUAACAUUACCACCCAAUGAAUCGCAAUUUCCUGUGUAUUGCUGCAGCUGUAUGGUUUAACAUUAUGAUGUAAUGAAUCACAAUUUCCUGUGUACAGCCGCGACUGUAUGGUUUAACAUUACCACCCAAUGAAUCGCAAUUUCCUAUGUAUUGCCACAGUUGUAUGGUUUAACAUUACCACCCAAUGAAUCGCAAUUUCCUGUGUAUUGCUGCAACUGUAUGGUUUAACAUUACAAUCUGAUGAAUCGCAAUUUCGUGUAUACUUCCGCGACUGUAUGGUUUAACACUAGAACCUGAAGAAUCGCAAUUUUCAAUGUACUGAUGCGGCUAGCUGUAUGGUUUAACAUUACCACUUUCCUUUUG